AUGGCGACUGUACCAGUAUAUUGCAUCUGCAGAUUACCUUACGACGUAACCCAGUUUAUGAUCGAAUGUGAUGCUUGCAAGGAUUGGUUCCACGGCAGCUGUGUUGAGGUGGAUGAAGAUGACGCUCCAGACAUUGACAUUUAUCAUUGUCCAAAUUGUGAGAAGACCCAUGGAAAAUCCACAUUGAAAAAGAAAAAGAACUGGAACAAACAUGACACAGGACAAAGCACAGACAUCAAAGCUGUUCAAAAUGGCAGUCAAGUUUUUAUAAAGGAACUCCGCAGUAGGACAUUUCCAAGUGCCGACGAUGUCGUGGUCAAACUGUCGGGCAGUCAGCUGUCGAUGGAGUACCUGGAGGAGAACGGCUUCAGCGAACCCAUCCUGGCGCUGAAGAAAGACGGCCUUGGGAUUUCCAUGCCGGCUCCAACUUUCUACAUCAGCGACGUGGAGAACUAUGUCGGUCCUGAUGUCGGUGUUGAUGUUGUUGAUGUUACCAAGCAGACUGACAGUAAGAUGAAACUCAAGGAGUUUGUCGACUACUACUACAGCACCAACAGAAAGAAAGUGUUAAACGUAAUCAACCUGGAAUUUUCAGACACAAGGAUGAACAGCAUUGUGGAGAGUCCCCAGAUAGUGCGGAAAUUGUCCUGGGUAGAAAACUACUGGCCUGAUGACGCUCUGCUCGGGAAGCCCAAAGUCACCAAAUACUGUCUCAUCUGUGUGAAGGACAGCUACACAGAUUUCCACAUCGAGUGUGGCGGUGCCUCCGUCUGGUACCACGUCCUCAAGGGAGAGAAAAUCUUCUUCCUGAUUAAGCCUACUUCCGCCAACCUGUCUCUCUACGAGCGCUGGAGAUCAUCGUCUAAUCACAGUGAGAUGUUCUUUGCCGACCAAGUGGACAAGUGUUACAAGUGCACGCUAAAGCAAGGGCAGACUCUGUUCAUACCGUCAGGUUGGAUCAAUGCAAUACUCACCCCGGUGGACUGUCUGGCAUUCUCCGGACACUUCGUCCACAAUUUAAGCGUGGAGAUGCAGAUGAGAGCAUAUGAAAUUGAGAAGCGGCUAAAGGUCAAAACACUCACCCCCUUCCCUAAUUAUGAGACGGCAUGCUGGUAUGUGGGACGUCAUCUCCUCGAGCGUUUCAAAGGUUUACAUAAGGCAAAUAAGCAACCAGCCCCAUACCUGGUCCACGGUGCAAAAAUCAUCAAUGGAGCAUUUAGAGCUUGGACUAAAAAACAGGCUCUUCUUGAACACGAGGAUGAGCUUCCAGAGAAUAUGAAGCCCACGCAGCUCAUUAAGGAUCUUGCCAAAGAGAUCAGAAUUUCAGAGAGUGCCACAAAAGUCAUUAAGACUGAGCCCAGCAUUAAGGUGCCAGUGGAGGAAGCGCCCUCUACGCACUCGGAGCCUGAAGAGCCGAUGUCCCCGGCUCACGUCCCCUCGCCCAGCAGAGAGAAAACAGCCAGAAAGAAAGCCUCCAAACCCCCUAAGCCGCCUAAGCCCCCAAAGAUGCCCAAGGCCCCCAAGCCACCAAAGGUGCCGAAGGUUAAGGAAGGAGGAAAAAAGAAAGCAAAGAAAGCGAAAGAGUCAACCCCCCCUCCUAAGCCGUCUAGCUUUGCAGCUCUGGAGUCCCAUGCGAAGGACAUCUUGAGUAAGAUGGACCAGCCGAAGAAGGGGAAGGCUGUAAAGAAUGUCCUGAGUAUGUCAGAGAAAGAAAUAUCAAAGCAGAACAAUGUGGAGAAGUUUGAAAUUAGAGAGCAGAACAAGAACAAGACAGAGCAAGACAGAAAGUGGAAGUAUAAGAAUAGUAAACCAGAUUCCUUGCUAAAAAUGGAGGAAGAAUGCAAAUUUGACAGAACGCCACUGUCAGGCAAUAAAGACAGGUUCAGCUUUACCAUGUCUCACAAGAAAAUGCUCGGCUCCAAGGCACUGAAACCUCAGACCAACUCAAGUGUUUUUGGAUCAUUACAAAACUUAAAAGAGGGCAAAGCUAAGCCAGUGAGAGACGAGUACGAGUACGUUUCAGAUGAGGGGGAACUGAAGAUAGACGAAUUUCCCAUCAGGAGGAAAAAGAAUGCCGUUAAGAGAGACCUGUCAUUUUUGUCAAACAUCCGAGAGCCCAUUCAACCAGCCAAAAAGCCAAAGCUUCAGCCUUCAGUGAUUAAGAGCUUGGACUCCUCAGAUGAAGAGUCCCUACACAUAGACACAGAGGUCAAGCCAGAGGUCAAAGGACGCAAUUCGAAGGUGAAGAAAAAGGGCGGCAGCGCAGCCGGAAUUCUUGACCUGUUACAGGCCAGCAAGCAAGUGGGUGGGAUUGACUACAGUGCCAACAGUCAGCCACCUGCGUCGCCCAGCACACAGGAGGCCAUUCAGGGCAUGUUGUCCAUGGCCAAUCUGUCCUCUUCAGACAGCCUGCAGCAGCCCUGGAGCAACAGCCAGUCCAAGAACAACAGCCAGUCAAAGAACAACUCGCACAGCACGCAGGCCACCAAGAAAGCCAGCGGAUCCAGCGGCGGAGGUGGUAACAACAGCAAGCGGCCCACUAAACGUCUCCCGAAGAAACCCAGGAAAAGCAGUAGUAUUGACAGCAUGGACUUUGAUGAUGACCAGGAUCAUAUGGACGCAUGCUUCAAGGACUCCGAUUAUGUUUACCCUUCGCUGGAGUCUGAAGAGGAUAACCCUGUUUUCAAAUCCAGAUCAAAAAAAAGAAAAAGCUCUGAUGACACUCCAUACAGCCCAACAGCACGCGUAGGCCCCUCGGUUCCUAGACAAGAGAGGCCAGCUCGCGAUGGAGCCCGAGUGGCUUCCAUAGAGACAGGACUUGCGGCUGCUGCUGCCAAGCUUUCCCAUCAGGAGGAGCAGCAAAAAACAAAGAAGAAGAAGAAGAGCGCCAAAAAGAAGGUAAUUGCAAUUGAGCAGCCCCGGAAAAUCUCUCAGGAAAGCAGCUCACCGGAGCACAAUCUGGAUGCCCAAGACGGCAGUCUGACCGACCAGGAGUACAACACUGGAACAGGCAAGUCGCCGGUGGGGCCACAGCCCAUGGCGCCCGGAGUUUUCCUUACCCAGAGACGACCGUCUACAUCAUCUCCCAACAACACCACCAAUGCCACCAACGCCACCAACAGCACCACAUCUAAAGGGGAUCGCGGUGGUUCAGCAGAGGCCAAAGCGAAGCGGCUAAAGAAAGGAAUGGCAACUGCCAAACAGAGACUCGGAAAGAUUUUAAAGAUCCAUCGAAAUGGGAAGCUCCUCCUGUAGCAUGCAACAGAUUGUUGUAGGACUGGGAUUUUCAUGAACUGGGUCCUUACCCCUCUUUACUGAUUAAAGCCAACAGCUGGAAGAAAAAAAAACACUGAAACGAAAUGAGAGAGGAAACAGAUCAUGCAUUUUUUUUUCAAUUUCUAAGAAGAACAUCGCUCAGAUAGGUUUUUGCCUCUAAUUAUACUUU